GCUGUGUGAAAACAGCAAUCCAAAAGUUCUUAGUAAACUGCAGCCAGGAAGACUCAGACUGGGAUGGAGGUAGGAGGAGCCGAUACAGAGUGAGAUUAAUCCUAAGCUUUGCUUUGGGCUGAGUUCUUGUUGCUUGUUAACUUAGUGCAUUUAGAGAUGUGUUGCACUGGUUGUGUGAAGGUACCAACACCAAAAUACUGAGAGAGAGUUGGGAAUACUAGAAUGUGUAUAUAGUCGGAGUGUUUUUAUUAAGGAAGAUAAAGAGCCCAGCACAGAUAUCAUCCUCAUCAUCACCUAACUGCAAGACCAAAAGUUAAACAAGAGCAUCUUAAGGGCACUUUAAAAAGAGAAGUCUCGAGAUGGAUCCAAAUAAUUGUUCCCUUCUGAACUUGGAAAUGGACCGUUUCUUGUACUGCAACGACGCCUUCAGUCACAGUGUGAAUAGCCCCAAGAAAGACGACUGGUUCCGCCCGGGGAUCCUCUAUGUCAUCCCUGCAAUUUAUGGAGUUAUCAUCAUAAUAGGCCUCAUUGGCAACAUCACCCUUAUCAAGAUCUUCUGUACAGUCAAGUCCAUGAGAAACGUUCCAAACCUGUUCAUCUCCAGCCUGGCAUUGGGAGACCUGCUGCUCCUGGUAACAUGUGCUCCGGUGGAUGCCAGCAAGUACCUGGCUGACAGAUGGCUAUUUGGCAGGAUCGGUUGCAAACUGAUUCCCUUUAUACAGCUUACCUCAGUUGGGGUGUCAGUCUUCACAUUGACAGCACUGUCAGCAGACAGGUACAAAGCCAUUGUCCGGCCAAUGGACAUCCAGGCAUCACAUGCCCUGAUGAAGAUCUGUCUCAAAGCUGCCUCGAUCUGGAUUGUCUCCAUGCUGUUGGCCAUCCCAGAGGCUGUGUUCUCUGACCUCCAUCCCUUCCAUGAGAAAGACACCAACCAAACCUUCAUUAGCUGUGCUCCAUACCCACACUCUAAUGACCUGCACCCCAAAAUCCACUCUACAGCUUCCUUUCUGGUCUUCUACAUCAUCCCACUAUCAAUCAUCUCUGUCUACUACUACUUCAUCGCCAGAAAUUUGAUCCAGAGUGCUUACAAUCUUCCGGUGGAAGGCAAUAUACAUGUCAAGAAGCAGAUCGAAUCCCGGAAGCGACUUGCCAAGACAGUGCUGGUGUUUGUGGGCCUCUUUGCUUUUUGCUGGCUCCCCAAUCAUGUCAUCUACCUGUACCGCUCCUACCACUACUCUGAGGUGGACACCUCCAUGCUCCACUUCGUCACCAGUAUCUGUGCCCGCCUCCUGGCCUUCGCCAACUCCUGCGUGAACCCGUUUGCCCUCUAUCUGCUGAGCAAGAGUUUCAGGAAACAGUUCAACACCCAGCUCCUCUGCUGCCAGCCUGGCCUGAUGAACCGAUCCCACAGCACUGGCAGAAGUACCACCUGCAUGACUUCAUUCAAGAGUACCAACCCCUCGGCAGCCACCUUCAGCCUCAUUAAUGGAAAUAUCUGUCAUGAAGGGUACGUCUAGACUGACCCUCAACCUUGCCUCCCAAGGGACUCUCAGUUUUGCUU